AUGCCUGGCCGGCACGUCUCUCGCGUCCGGAACUUGUAUCGUCGCAUCUUGCUGCUACACCAAGUUCUGCCCCCUGACCUCAAAUCCCUGGGGGAUCAGUAUGUGAAGGAUGAAUUUAGGAGACAUAAGACCGUUGGUUCUGCUGAGGCCCAGCGCUUCUUGCAGGAAUGGGAGGCAUAUGCAGCAAUGCUAUGGCAACAAGCUAACGAAAGCAGACACAAAUCAUAUGAAAAAGCAUGUUUUGGAACUGCCCUCCCAGCAGAAAAACUGAAUGACUUUCGUGAUGAACAGAUUGGACAGUUGCAUGAGUUAAUGCAAGAAGCUACUAAGCCCAGUAGGCAAUUUAGUAUUACUGAGUCUACCAAACCAGAAUUUUAGUCUAUACAAUAAAGUGUAGCAAAGCAUUUUAAA